AUGUUCCUUGCCUCAGGAACCACAAACUCUUACGGUGUGUACGAAGAAGAGUACGAGAACAAGUACAGUAACGACAAUUCUGAUGGCAAGGACUCUUUGUCGCCGGCUAUAAUAAUUGGCGCUAUACAUUUGGGCACAAACUGUCUGUUCACAACCAUUGCAGGGUCGCUGUGUGAGCGCAUUGGACUGGGAAUGACAACGCUGAUUGGCGGGUCUCUCAUUGGCGUAGGUCUAUUUACAGCUGGAUUUUGCACAGAGGUAUGGCAGCUUGCACUCACUCAAGGCGUUCUUGCUGGCGCUGGUAUCGGCACUGUGUUUAUUGUUGUAUCAACUAUUCCCUCGUCUUGGUUUAGCAAAAACCAAGGCUUCCUCAUGGGCGUCGUUCACUCGGGCUCUGGCGUUGGCGGUCUUGUUCUUUCUCCCUUAACGCGAUUCUUCAUCAACCGCUAUGGCCUCUCAGGCUCAGUUAAAAUUUUUGGCACCAUCAUAGUCUGCGGAAUAUCGCUGUUCAGCAAUCAAAAGGUGAGCAGUCUCGCCAAGAAGCGCAUGUCUGUGCGCAGCUUUGGUGUGCGGGAUGUGCACAGUACGCGUGGAGUUCUCCGGUCGCAGGAGUUCUGGUACCUCAAUAUUGCCGUGAUGCUGGCCGAGGCGGCGUUCUACGUGGUGCUUUUCUUCCUCCCCGUUUACUCGAUUGGUAUUGGGCUGACAAGUGAGCAAGGCGCGCUGAUUGCAGGCGUGGCCAAUGGCGCCACUAUUAUUGGUCGCAUCACCAUAGGUUAUAUUGCUGAUAUGGCUGGGAACAUCAACAUGUUUUUCCUCACUCACUUUUUUGUCACCUUGGCGUGCUUCUUUCUGUGGUUCCCAGCAAAGUCAUUCCUCAUUAUGAUCGCGUUCGCGUGUACGUUUGGGCUGUUUGCCGGAAGUCUUACUCCAAUGAUUCCGCUGUGCUCGGUGACGCUGUUCGGACAAAAUGGACUCGCUAACAAUGUCGGGUUGCUUGGCAUCGGUAUGGUGCUGACUACUACGGCGGCUCCAGUAGUUGCUCGCGUGUUCUAUGAGAAAAUCGGACAGAGCGGUUCUGGUUACGGCGCCGUGGCGCUGUUCUGCGGCGGCAUCUACUUGGUCGCCACACUGAGCAUUGUUGCCCUGCGCAUGUGUGUUUCGCGGAAGAUUUGGAUCAAGAUCUAA